UGUUACACAUUCUCACCUGUCUGCAUUCUGACCGUCACGUUGUCAGGUGGGAUCUUUGAUGUUUUUAAACAGCGGCCGUUUACGAGUUGACGUGUCCAGAAGUGUCUGUGGCCAGAGCCAGAAUAUCAGCAGUCGGGCCUGGGGGUGAGGAGUUUCCAUUCCGAUUUGGUGGUGGAUUCCGUGAAAUAAUUCCCCGUAAGGUGUGCGGCUAGGACUUAGCCCCGAGGACCGCUGCCUGGGAUCCACGCUCCGGGUGGGAAGGCUGGCAUGCGCAGAAGGAUGUCUGAAGAUGAGGAGAAAGUGACCCUGCGGCGCAUUGAGCCAGCCAUCCAGAAAUUCAUCAAGGUGGCCGUCCCGACCGACCUGGAGAGGCUGCGAAAGCAUCAGAUCAACAUUGAGAAGUAUCAGCGUUGCCGACUUUGGGGCCAGCUACACGAAGAGCACAUCAACGCAGGACGAACCGUUCAGCAGUUGCGAUCUAACAUCCGAGAAAUGGAGAAGCUUUGCCUCCGAGUCCGGAAGGAAGACAUCCGACUUCUGAAGAGAAUGAUCGAUCCCGUGAAAGACGAAGCCUCAGCUGCCAUAGUAGAGUUUCUCCGACUCCAUUCCGAAUCUGCGGAAGAACUGGAGAGGCAGCUCCGUGAAGACGGCUCCUCAGUCCACGGCCCCAUGACCAGGUCCUUGACUGUGGGAGGACCCCUCCAUACACCCGAAGCGGAGGAGUACCCCUACGGUUUAAUGCAGAUGGAGGCGCCUCUCCCCGAAAUCCCUCAAGAUCAAAACGCCGCCGAGUCCUGGAGCUCUUUGGAGGAGAAUUUGAUUGCCCUCAACCAGCUGGUGAUGGAUUUCUCGCUGCUUGUCAACUCUCAGCAGGAGAAGAUUGACAGAAUUGAAGACCAUGUCAACACUGCCGCUGUGAACGUGCAAGAGGGGAAGAAAAACUUGAGCAAGGCUGCAAGAUACAAGCUGGCAGCUCUGCCCGUGGCAGGUGCGGUCCUCGGCGGCAUGGUGGGAGGCCCCAUCGGGCUCCUCGCAGGCUUCAAAGUGGCAGGAAUUGCAGCUGCUCUCGGCGGCGGGGUGUUGGGCUUUACAGGGGGAAAACUGAUUCAAAGGAAGAAGCAGAAAAUGAUGGAGGAGCUCUCCUCCAGCUGCCCCGACCUCCCCAGCCAGAGGGACAAGAAGUCUAGCUGAAGCAGGCGGGGACGGAGCCCGGGCCACCCCGGCCCCUCGGAUGGCGCCGGGACAGGGAGCUCCGGCGCGUGGAUGGAGCGGGGAGGAGCCGUCGGGGUUCGCAUCCACACCCCAAGCCAGCCGGGGCCGGGCCUGGGCCUGUUCCCAUUUGGACUCUGGCUGUGGGGCUGGGGGAGGUGACCUGAUUCAGGGCACGGCCCAGGAAGAGAGAGUGUGUGUGUGUGCGUGUAGGGGACGAGGGGGAUACCCAUUCCUCCUCCUGGCAGGGUAGUGAAGCCGCGGCCGGAGGAUGUCUGACCUGGGGCCGAGCGCGUCCUCUCCUCCUGCAGUCUUUUUCCUUCCACAGCUGAACGGUGAGCUGCGGGCAGAGGGAUCACAGUCUUUCUGGGUUGGUCUCCGCCCAAUUUCUUUCUUUUCCCUCAUUCCUCUCUAGACCAGGGUCACCAUUCUGUCACCACUGGCCCUACGCCCUCUCCCCUCGGCCCCUCGCUAAGCCCGAGAGCUCCUCCUGCUCCCCGAGGGGGCCGUCCAGCCCCAGGGCCUCGCUGGAAUCCAGCUGCCCUAGAGCCGAGCAUCUUUCUCCUCCCACCCCUUUCCUACCUUUCUUCUGACCCUCAGCCCCUUACGUGGCUCGGGGGGCGGGGGGGGAGGAGAAAGACAGGUUACCUGCAGAUGCCAAAGGGGGAUGACACCUAGCUUGGGGUUCAUCGGCCCAGCAGGUGGAAAAAAGUGAGAGGGGCUGCCCUUCAGACCAACUGGCUUAGCCUAGGCUCACAACUUCCCCGCGGGGCAAAAUCCCAGAGAGGCUUUCGCUCCCGGGCCCCCGGGGGGAGGAAACUGCAGGGGCCGCACCCAUCGGACCAGCUGGCACGGGCGGCCGGGGUCCGGGGAAGGGCCGUCCUUUCAGGUGGCCAGUGGCCCAGGGCCUGAUGGAAGAAAACAAAAUCCCUCCAGGAUGGGGGAAUUUUCAGUUUAGUGAGUCCUGGGGUCCCCCCAGUUUGGGACCUGAAUAUUAAAGCUCCUCACCUGCUGCCACCUGAGUCUGAGCCCAGUUCUCUCUGCCCGGUCUGUGGUCAUGGAGCCACUUUUCAGGGUUCCAGGAGGAGGAGGAAUGUCCUUGGGAGAGUAGGUAAGUGCUUUGAGAUCCAAAGGCAAGAUAUAAAGGGGGCCCUCCAUCUAUGGGUUAUUGGGUUCUAGGCCAGAACUCCAGUGGGGCUUCAACUGCGGGACAAUGAUGCCUGGCUGUGAUUCCUCCCUCCCACAACUCCCCGCCACCUCAAACCAAUAAAAGUACAGAGUCCAAAGCCA